GAGCCUGAGAUUGAUCCAUACGCAUGAAGUCCAGUGCAUACGUACACUUGAUGUCAUUUUCAAGCACGUACGUACCAACUACCAACACACCUGGCUACGCGACUCUCAACCCCCGUUGCUACCCACCCGCCCAUUCACCCAAUCACCGUGGCUGCAUGCAUUCGCGGCCGACAGUAUCUGUCCAUGCCCACUGAGACGAUACAUGCUCCUCCUCCCACUCAGACCAUCCGAGAGGCAGCCGAAUGCAAACUACGUCAUGGCUGGCUACUUGAGGCGAAAGAGAAUGCUACUUUUGGCGCGUUCUUCCUGACGCCGCUUGCUUCUGGCUGAGGAUAUCACAUCCCGCCUGCCUUGCCUGGAUUUGCUUCCUUGAAGCGCUCUGCUUGCUUUGGUUACUUCCAUUUGUGUGUGUCUUCCCUCGAUUUGAAGCCCGUCGAGGCUCACGGCCUGGCGCGGAGAAUCUUCCUAUGCCGAUCCCCUCGUUGAGCUUGCGCAGAAGCUGUGCGACGGACUGCACGUCAUCUGACACACAUCACACAAAAGACAGCACCCCUGCGUACACGAGACAGCACCCACGUACCCAAUUGCAAUGUCAGCUCGACGUGCUGCUUGUCCGAGGCCUCUCCUGGUCUCUCACACGCACUGCUGCCGUCGACCGUCCUCUCGUCACCCUCCUGCCCAUGCGUCGUCUUGUCUUGCUGUCCAGACGGCCCCAGCACGAACAGGGAGGGGAGAGAGGGGGAGGGCGCACGGUGAGCACGAGACAAUGGUGACUUGUCUGCUGAGGCACGUCUGGGCUUGGUCGAGGUGGCCGAUUCGUUCAACCUGCGGACGCUGUCUGUGGACUUGCUGAGGUCACGGCUCUUCUGUGUGGGGCGCAAACCAGAGAGCGAGAUGGGCAUUGCGCGUCUGUGUCCUUCUUACCCUGUCUCCGCCUUUGGUGGACGCCCUACGAUAGUAGUAGCGGCCGUUGCGUGGCUGGUCGUGUCUCUUGUUGUUGCUGUGUGUCUCCGUAGUGUCGCUCGACCGCAAGCUUUUGAGGAAGGACUCGUGUUGCUGCAAUUCCCCCACCCAUCCAUCCAUCCACCCAUAUCAACGAGACAAUGUCCGUUCCUCCUUGCCUUCUCCCUGGCUGUGUUCCUGUGUGUGUGGGUCACUCAUUUCGUUACCUUGAUUGGCGUGUCAAGACGCUUUUCAUCCCGGCUUCUCUCGCGUUCAAAACCUGCGGAUACACAGACAUGCGCCACACAGGACAGGCACUCGCGCGCACGGUCAGUCACACUCAGUCCCUCACUUACGCCGCUGCAGCUCUUCUUUGACGGUGGGAGUGGAACUGCAUGGACAUCCACAUCCACACAAAGGCUGCCCGCUUGCAUGCUGAGCGCACUCGUGUGUUCAGUCACUCACGCGGUCAUCUUCUGCACCGUCUCCGGACGCACCGAACUCAGGAACUGAAAUCAGAAUAGCGAUGUCUCUGGUGGUGUGUGUGACUGGCAGACUCAUUGACAGGCUGACCGACGAGGUAUACUGCGAGUUUAGCCUCUUGACGACCCGCGUCACCUCGGGCGCCGACCGGCGGGGAGCGGCCGAGGGCGUCAGCGAACGCAGCGACUGCACAGCACACGACGUGAGCAGGAAGGAAUACGGCUCCUGCGUACGGAUGAGUGCCCUGACCUCUGAGUGUGACAGCAUGGACCGCGUAGGUGUCCUUGGUAGGGGCUGCAUGUACACCUGUACACACAUACAGACAUAUACACACAUGAGCUCACAUAGCCAGCGAUUGACGCACGCACUGCUUCGCUCACCGACCGGUGUGUGUCGGUAAUCGGUCGGCUCUUGCCGCAGGCUGUGCGCGGGAGACGAGGCGCGCCGCCUCUCGUGCUGCUGAUAUGCCGUCAUCUGAACACACAGGCAGACACAAAAGCAUAUCUGAACUCGUGUGUGAACGUCCGUGAUGGACUUGUACGUGCUCGAAUGCAUAGGACGUGUCGCGUAGCCCGCUCUCCCACACGCCCUUCGGACCCCGAAGAAUAAGGACAAUGAUUGCAGCUGGGCACAGGUCUAUUCCGUCACCUUGUUGGUGCCCUUGUAUUCAUCCCCUUGCGACAAAUACAUACUCUUUCUCUCUGCAUAUCAGACAGCAAUCUGCAUCCUUGGACCAAUCCCUGCGCAAAUGUCUCACCGAUCAGCCGAGGCGCGACCCCUUGACCCAAUUCAGCACCAAACUGACACGAGAGACACACACCCGUCACGGCGACAUAUUCAUGUCCUGUGUGGCCGCCUGUACCCGCUCUGCAGGCAGCCUCACACUCAAGCGGUCCCACUGCACCCAAACAGGAGUACACACGGCCUCUCACAAUGGUGCCAACCACAAUGUGAUGACGUGUCUCUCGUGUAAGUAUUCCUGAAGGUUGAUUCUGUCGCCGGCUCCGACGGGCAUCGUCAGCAUGUGCGCGGGCAGGGCGGGUGGCGUGCUGCUCCGCUUCCCGGCCAGACGUAACGGCCCCGACAGUGCAAGCGAGGGGCGAGACGCCCUCUUGCCAAUGCCAGCCGCCGUGUGGAAUGGGAGCCUGGAUGUGAGACAUAGUUGGAACCGUGUGGCUGGCUUUCAAUGUGCUUCAGCCUCACCCAACAAGAGAGGAUGAGCAGUAGGCCUCGGUUGGCGGGAUGCGCACAGUCGCAGAGACAAAACCUACCGUCUGGCGUGUGGCGGCGUGUAAGAUGGCCCAUCUCCCUCUCAUGCGGCACGACGAGCUGUCCAUAUCCCUGCACAUUCACGGGAAUGUGAGAGCGGAGAGCCCGUAAUAUCUUUUUGUCUGGACGAUGAGGUCUUGAGUACGUCAAAACAGUGCUCACUUGAGAGAUAUGUGUGCCUCGCCGUAGAGGUACACGCUUGGCAUGUUGGGCGCCUGUGCCUGGCCGGGGAAGAAGUGCCCGUACACAGAUACCACCAACAUCUUCACACACAACACGCAAAGACGAUCCAUCCAUUCGCACUUGUGUUGUCUUCUUGCAUGUAGCGCAUUGAUGUAGCGUCGCGUUUCACCGUGGUGGAUUCCUGCUUAUGCAAGGUGAUCUGGUGCUGGUACAGGGAGCAGGUGCUCUGCAAAGGACAGCACGCCUCAUCGGACCACGCCCAAGGACGAAUUGGUUUGCUGAUCGAACCUCUGCAUUGACUAGCGGCGUCUGGGUUCCAGCAACCUCUACGCACAGAACAGGCAGCUCACAGCACCAGAAAGAGCACAAUGUAGGCUGCCCUGCCGGCCUGGCUGCCUCCCUGUGUGUGUGCGGGUCACCUUCUGUGUUAGGAAAUUGUGCAUUGCAGCUGUACAUGCAGAAACCGUGGUCCCCCAAGUGUGAUCCCCGCAUCCCCUCCAGCCUCUCCAGUGUCAGCCACACCACCGCUGGACACCCACCCUCAGUGGCCGUCUUGUCUGUCCCCCCUUGGCUGUGGUGCGAUGUCUCCACCAUCGCAUGAGCACUAGAACUCCCUUUGCGCCUCUUGCCCUUCUUCACUUUUGCACCUCGCAACGCCGCCCCCUUUGUCUGUGUGGGCAGGGAAGCCGAGGCGUUGUCGUGAUAUGGCUGUGCAAUGAAGGGAGGAGCCAUGGGGUAUGCGGGCCAGGCGAGUGGGACAGUGGCCGGGGUGAAAGGCGGCACUGCCCUGAGAGAGAAAGAUAGAGCGAGACAUGUGAGUCAAACGUUCGUGCGAUGCUCGCAAUCCGUGGACCGCAGUGGAGGUGAAGGCGGCUUGACGAAGGGCGUGAAGGGGGGAGACGGGUAUGCGGCUGGCAAAUGG